AUGUCACGUGUGUAUCAAAGCGAGGGCGUUGUGUCAGAAGAAGGUGCUGGGACGUUUCUCGCGCACCUUCCCUCUGGUACGCCCGUUUACUGUUACAAUCAACAGUGCGCUAUACAGAGCCUCUUUCCUCCGUAUUCGGUCGAAGAUCGUUUUAUCGUCUUGAAACACUUUCCGGCAGAGAUACUAGCCGAGAACGAGGAACAAUUGCCAGGUCGCUGUGACUAUUCGCCAUCACUUCAAAUUCUCAUUAUAACAAUGCCUAGUCAACCGCACGAAGAAGCGGCGUCCAGUUUUGAGGCAAUGAUUGUGACGCUCGCGCUAGAGAUGAACGUCAACAGACGGAUUGCGAAAUGCGGAGCGACUCUUGUGGAUACCCCUGAGCGAAACAAGCAGGCAGACCGAUCCUGGAAGCCAGCCCGCCAAGGGAGAGAAUUCCCAACGGUGGCAUUAGAAGUUAGCUUUUCUGAGACAACACUAAAACUAGAGAGGGACAUCGCUUGGUGGAUCAAUGGAUCAAAGGGCGAAGUAAGAAUGGGGAUCACUAUCGAUAUCAAAAGAGGAUCUCGCUCCAUUGAAAUCAAAUCCUGGACUCCAGCAUUCGAAUCAUCACUACGCAAUAUCUAUAUCACAGCAGGUGGUCGCCAGGUUAUCGACAGACGCAUCAAAGAUCCACCGCCACCUCGAAUGACUCAGAGAAUUCGCAUUACGAGGGGGAGAGAUGGCUCCAGCCCUACGAUUGAAGGAGAGCCCUUGACUAUACCAUUUCACACUCUGCUAUUGGAUGAGCCAGGAGAAGGCGAGGGUGAUUUCGUGUUCACAGCGGAAAUGCUGUUGCAUAAUUUAGCAGAACCUGUCUGGGAUGCGAUUGACGACGCCGAAAUGAUCAAGGCCAAGAAGAGAAACAAUCAUCACACUGCGUGA